GUAUAGAUAGAGAGAGAAACAAGAGAGAGAGAGGGGGAGAACUGGAGCAGGGGGAGAAGAAAACAAAAGUUCUUCACCCCUGCCGUCUUGCUCACUUUUCAAUAUCUCACGUCGUCGCCCCAUUGCAAGGCUGCUUCUGGUGUCCCUCCCUCUCUCUCUCUCACACACACACGCACACUUUCCCUCUCUAGAUUCCAAUACUUUCCCCUGUUCCUGGGCAAGCCCAUCAUGACGUGAGGGUAGGGGGAGGCGCUGCCCAGUCUACUCUAGCCUGGGUCUGCAGAGAGAGAGAGAGAGAGAGAGAGAGAGAGAGAGAGAGGAGACGAGGGAGGGUCGGAGGGUGGGAGGGAGUAAUACAACAGAGCCAAGCCGAGGGAGGAGGAGGAGAGAGGGGAAGAAGGGGGAGCAGAGAACCCAAAGAGGCAAGGCAAGGAAGCAGGGAGGAACUCCAAGAUUGGGGGCGACUGAUAAAGAUAACAAGAGCGAGGAGCAGAGGCGCCGUUGUUUUUUUCUCCUCCGAUUCCCUCAGCUUCCUGGGGGGUGGGAGGGGCGAGGUUCGCCGGGCGCGCCGGACGGACACGCCGCGAUGGCCGGCGUCGACGCCGCCAGGUACGCGCACAGCCCGGCGCACCACGCCGUGGCGGCGCGUGACCACGCCGCGCUGCGCCGCGUGCUGGACGCGCUCCCGCGGGCGCGCCGGCCCGAGGAGAUCCGGACGGAGGCGGACUCCGUCGCCGAGGAGGCCCGCGCCGAGGCCGUCUCGGCGGUCAUCGACCGCCGCGACGUGCCGGGCCGGGAGACGCCGCUCCACCUCGCCGUGCGCCUCUGUGACGCCACGGCGGUCGAGAUGCUCAUGGCGGCCGGCGCCGACUGGAGCCUGCAGAACGAGCAAGGGUGGAGCGCGCUCCAGGAGGCCAUCUGCGCGCGCGAGGAGGCCCUGGCGCGCGUCAUCGUGCGCCACUACCAGCCCCUCGCCUGGGCCAAGUGGUGCCGCCGCCUGCCUCGCGUCGUCGCCACCAUGCGCCGGAUGCGGGACUUCUACAUGGAGAUCACCUUCCACUUCGAGAGCUCCGUCAUCCCGUUCAUUUCCCGCAUCGCGCCCUCCGACACCUACAGGGUCUGGAAGCGCGGCGCCAACCUCCGCGCCGACAUGACCCUCGCUGGUUUCGAUGGCUUCAAGAUCCAGCGCUCCGACCAGACCAUACUCUUCCUCGGGGAGGGGUCGGAGGACGGCAAGGUGCCGCCGGGUUCACUGUGCAUGAUCAACCACAAGGACAAAGAGAUUAUGAACGCGCUGGAGGGGGCAGGCGCCCCGGCCUCGGAGGCAGAGGUCCAGCAGGAGGUCACUGCAAUGUCACAGACCAACAUCUUCCGUCCAGGGAUCGACGUCACCCAAGCCGUGCUGCUCCCACAGCUCACAUGGCGGCGCCAGGAACGGACAGAGGCCGUUGGCCCGUGGAAGGCCAAGGUGUAUGACAUGAAUCAUGUGGUGGUCAGUGUCAAGUCAAGGAGGGUCCCUGGGGCUAUGACGGAUGAGGAAUUCUUCUCAUCUUGCAAUGACAAUGAUACAGAGAGCGAGGGGUUUGAUGAUGUUUUGACUGAGGAGGAGAAGAAGCAGUUGGAGGCCGCGCUAAAAAUGGAUUCUCCAGAUGCCGGUGGGGAGUCCGACUCAUUUGCUGGCCCUCGACAUAGUUGCGUUGAGCCAAGGGAGAGGGAGAUACCGAUUGAGGAUAUGAGUGUUUCUGGAAAUGGGGAGAGUAAGCAUGACAAGAAAGGUUGGUUCAGUAGUUGGGGAAAGAGAAGUCAGGUUAGCAAGCCAGAAGGGGUGAAGAAGAUGGCACCUCCAAGGAGCUCGCUCUGUAUAGAUGAGAAGGUGAGCGACCUCCUCAUUGAAUCUCCCUCAAAUGUACAAACAAGGCCAGGAAGGCAUUCGGUAGAUGUAGUCAGAGCAGAUGACAACAGAAGGAUCAGGGAAAGGGAUAAUAGGAGACAUGUUGCUUCUGCGGAGAAUGGGCGGCGCAGAGAAGGUUCCAAAGAAAGCGAGUAUAAGAAAGGGCUAAGGCCUGUUCUCUGGCUCUCUCCAAAUUUCCCUCUUCGUACUGAGGAGUUGCUGCCAUUGCUUGAUAUUCUUGCAAACAAGGUGAAGGCAAUCCGUCGUUUGAGGGAUCUACUUACAACAAAACUCCCUCCAGGAACAUUUCCAGUCAAGGUUGCUAUUCCAGUUGUGCCUACAAUCAGAGUGCUUGUGACAUUCACAAAAUUUGAAGAGCUACAGCCGCUGGAGGAGUUCACCACACCACCUUCAAGUCCUGACAACAGUAAGAGCCCUGCAGUGCAGCCUUCUUCAAACUCCUGGAUCCAGUGGAUCAAGGCGCCUUACCGCCAGAACUUCUCGACGGCACCGGGCCCAAGCAGCCGCGUGGAGGACAUCCAGGACCCGUUCGCCAUUCCUUCCGAUUACGUGUGGACAACACCUGAAGAGAAGAAAAAGAAGACACAGGAAAACAAGAGCAAGUCUAAGAAAGGCAGGAACGGGGCAUAGAUAGUUGUAGGUGAUGAUAGCAUUGGUGAAGAGAGGGAGGGGGGGGGGGGGGGGGUUAAAAGUUAUAUGUUGUGGGUGAAAAGGGCUAUACUCUGCCGGAUCUAACAGGAGGGAUGAGUGGAAGAUUUGGAGAUUUCGACUGCUCUGACGUCGAAUAUUGAGAAGCGACCGCUUGUCUUCUGUCAUUGUGUUAUAACAGAUUUGCUGUCAGUCAACAUUCUUUCGUUUAACCCAAAUCAUUUCGGUCCUGAUUAUUAUUGCAAUCUAUUGGUAGAUUUUGAGA